AUGUUCACUUUCAUUUUGAUGUUUUAUAUUGGAUAUGGGAUUGAUUUCAAUACAUGGGUUGCCAAUAACAAUAAACACUUCACAGCAGUUGAGUCACUCCGAAGAAGAGCAAUCUUCAAUAUGAAUGCAAGAAUUGUUGCAGAAAACAAUAGAAAAGAAACAUUCAAAUUAUCAGUAGAUGGACCAUUUGCUGCUAUGACAAAUGAAGAAUAUAAUAGUCUUCUGAAAUUAAAACGAAGUGGUGAAGAAAAAGGAGAAGUUAGAUAUUUGAAUAUCCAAGCACCCAAAGCAGUAGAUUGGAGAAAAAAAGGGAAAGUAACACCAAUUCGAGAUCAAGGGAAUUGUGGGUCAUGUUAUACAUUUGGAUCGAUUGCAGCACUUGAAGGAAGAUUAUUAAUUGAGAAAGGUGGUGAUAGUGAGACACUUGAUCUUUCAGAAGAACAUAUGGUUCAAUGUACUAGGGAAGAUGGAAAUAAUGGAUGUAAUGGAGGACUUGGAUCAAAUGUUUAUAAUUAUAUUAUGGAAAAUGGAAUUGCUAAAGAAAGUGAUUAUCCAUACACAGGAAGUGAUUCAACAUGUAGAAGUGAUGUGAAAGCAUUUGCUAAAAUCAAGAGUUAUAAUCGAGUUGCAAGAAAUAAUGAAGUUGAACUUAAAGCAGCAAUUUCACAAGGUCUUGUUGAUGUUUCAAUUGAUGCAUCAUCUGUUCAAUUCCAGUUAUACAAGAGUGGAGCAUAUACAGACAAACAAUGCAAGAAUAACUAUUUUGCAUUGAAUCAUGAAGUUUGUGCUGUUGGAUAUGGUGUUGUUGAUGGGAAAGAAUGUUGGAUAGUUAGAAACUCAUGGGGAACAGGAUGGGGAGAGAAAGGAUAUAUCAACAUGGUUAUUGAAGGAAAUACAUGUGGUGUUGCUACUGAUCCACUUUAUCCAACUGGUGUUGAAUAUCUCUGAAUAUUUCACAGUUAAAUCACUUCUUUUUA